GACGACGAUCACAUUUGCAGAGCAGUGACCAGUAUUUAAUCUAUCUAAUCCUAUUAAUCACCUAAUAUUACCUUCUUCAUAACAGUAAGUCUACCGGUGCUCAUUGUGCCGGAUUGCCUAUUGAUUUUCAGCAGUACAAGGAAACAUGUCUCAACCUAUUCAUACCUUCGGAAAAGGAUGUGACCUCGCUCCUCCUGGCAGCAGCGAGCAAGUCCGCAAGCCGUGUGAGGAGAUGCCCCCAAUACGAGCGCAGUUCUUCUAUUGUUCCCCUCUUCCGCUCGAUGAUCCUCUCACUGCUGUACCGCCCCCAACAGCCGACUCCAAGAAUGUGAGGCAUCCUCCACGACCGUUCCCAAAAUGCGAUAAUAAGGUGCUUGUGGAAGCAUGGAUGGGGAUGUGUUCAAAGCGGGACCGCAAAAGUCACAAUCGGACGUGCAAGCCUAAGGUAGGGAUCGAGCCGAUAACAAAUAAGAUGAUCACCAGUGCUACCGGAUUCAAACCAAAAAUCAAACGCGAGGUUAAGGAGUUGAAGGAGUCUUUGAAGCCGACUCCAGGGAACACGGAAAGAGACCAGGCAAAGACUGGAUCGGCAACGCAGCCACAGAAGGCCCGCUCUGAAUUUUCAAACGGCCAUCAAGAACUUCAGGUAGGAGCAAAGGAAGGAAAGACUCCACCAUCAACUAUUGGUUGCCCUUGCAAGGGGAGUCAUCUCUGGUGCAGAAAGAAGGCAGGGAAGUGCGCAUGUGCGUCUUGCCCCAAAGCUCCACAAGAAGUGGCUGAAGCCGAAACUCACCAACCCCAUGCAUCCGCUCCCAAAACCAAUGAAAAGCCAUCUGUUCCUGGGCCAAUCACCAAAUGUAAGUCUAAGGAGAAUCUUCAAGAAGAUACUACCGAUCACAGCAAGCAAUCCAAACACUGUGAGCACAAUUGCAAGAGAGAAAGAUCUCUUAAGGAACCUAAACCAGAAGAAGACCCCGAAAUUGAGUGUACGUGCAAUCAGCCACCAAAAGACUCAAAUUGCACAACCGGAAAAUCCAAGGAAACUAAAACAACCUACAACCGCCCUACAGAACCAUUCCCAGCCGAAUCACUCAAACCUGGCCAGCAAGAAAAAGGAAAUCCCAAAGAAUGCAAGUCACACAACCAUCAGCCCAAGUGUUUGUGUAUCAACAUUGAUUCUCACCAAGAUAGCACCGAUCAGAAGAAGAGAUCUAAGCAUUGGGAACACAACUGCAGGAAAGGAAAGGCCGAAAGAGAAAGGUCUGAAAAAGAACUCAACUUGGAAGACAAGGCCUGCAAUGAGGAACCCGAGGAGAAGAAGCCUGUCAAGACGAAGUUGAGUGACAAAGGGAAGGGAAAGGCUGCUACCAUUAAUGACCAAGAUGAUACGGAUCAAAUAGAAAAAACAAAGAAAUGGUUUGACGAACAGUUAAAAGCUCAAACGGAGCCAGAUCCAACCUCAUUCUACAGAGAUCAGCGUCACCGCAGCGAGAGUGUCGAAGACACAGAGGGUUCCAUAACACACGAGAGCGAGGAAGACGCUUGCUGCAUUGAGGAUAAAAAGGAUAAUUCAGAUUCGCUGAUGUCAAGAAUACCAAGCUGCUGUGAUGAUAGUAAGGCUGAUGCUAAUUCUAAGCGACAACAAUCCGAAGCCGAAAUUAUUUUUUCAGGCCGAUGUGAUGAAAGUAAAGCCGAUGAGACUUCUGGGCGAAAGGAAUCCGAUGUUGGGACAGAAUUUUCUGGUGUCUGUGGCAGAGACAAAGCCAAAAAUGCUUCAAAACGAAAAGAAUCCGAGGCCGAGACUGUAUUCUCAGGUAGCUGCAACAAGAGAAACGAUGAUAGAUCUAAGCAAGAUCACUCCGGGCCCGUAACAAGAUUUGGAAGUUGCUGUGACGACCCUAAAACUAAAGAUAACGAAGUUUCUGAGAGGCAAACAUCUGGGAAGCAGAUUAACGAGAGGCCUACAUUGAAAGCAUCUUCUGAAAAUGUAUCGGAAUGCUGUGAUGAAUUAGAACGACACGCUGCCAUGGCCAUAAAGAAAGCUAGGCACAGCAAUCUAGCUCAGCAUUCUUCUGGACCAUCUGGACACAAGUCUACGUCUAAAGAGAAUCUUUUUGAGAAUGCUACUAAAGAUGUAACACACAAGCAGACCAGGCCGUUUACACAUAAGUCACACUCCCAUCAGCAUCAGUUACAUGAUAAUAAUAGUUCGGCCAAACACGUACAUAAAUCAAAGUCUAACGAUACCCAAUCACAGCAAUACAGCGCGACACCUGGAGCUCAUGACUACGAGGAACCAAAUGUUCUCACGUCGAGCAAAGGUUUCAAGGGCAAAAGCAGAUUUUUUGGUAGACGACAGGCAGAUGGCACGGGCGAUCACGACGGUGGACUAUAUGAUGACUCCGACGAGGAGUCUCCUGUUGGUUAUAUGGUUCCCGAUCAAGGAGAUGCUACAAAUGACAAAUGCACCUGCGAACCUCAACCGCAAGCAUCUGAGCAUGAUGUGCUUGCAACCGGAAAUGAAAAUGUAUACACUAAAACUGCUCAAACUGCCGGUUCUGGCACAACAGGAAGGCCAUUUCUGAAACUUCCUGCUCGUGGUGAAAGCCCUCAGAUGCAGAACUACACAACAUAUGACGAUGAGCCACCCACUGAUUCUCGGAUCUCACAUGAACGCGAUUCCACCGAAGAUAUGGAGGUUGAAGGGUGCAAGGCUUAUAAACAUAAGGAUCAUGCAAAAUGCCAAGUUGAAAUUCCUGUUGGCACAUGUAGACUUCAUUCGGUCAGCUUAUCAUCUUUGAUUUUGAAGCCGAUAUACUGGUCACCUCUCAAUGAUCAGUAUCCUUGCAUAUACGGCACGUGGUUUUAUAAAGAUAACAUGUGUCCUGUAGAGCCCGCUGUCGCAAAUCAACUAGAGAAAGGUUACAGAGAGAAUGAGUGUUGGUCUCAGACAUGGGAUGAUCAACUUAACUCUGCAAUAGAAGUUGGCGCUGAAGGCGAAGAGAAAAUUGUUCACCGUCUCUGGCAAAAGGAAAAUGACGACAGAACUGUAGACUAUGAUCCUUCCAAACACAUUCUCUCCACAGAUCCACAUUGCGCUGCACGCUGCUUUCAUGGCGAAGCUGCUGCAGAAGGCAAGGUUGAAGAGUCGGAUUCAAAGCCUGGGGCAGCCACCUCGAUCAGUAAAAAGUACCCGAAUUCGCAAGUCAUCUACAAGAACUGUGAAGAAGCCUUCAUUUUGAAGCCCAACAUUUGCCCUUCGGCUUACUACGGACGCAGACCUCUCGCAAAAAUCAAAAGUGGGCUAUGUGUUGGUAUUCCCGUCGUUCGUGGAUUCGAUCGAAAGGCUUGGAAUAAGCUUUAUCUUUCAAAGAAACCAAUGACCGCCACGAAAGUAUACACCAAAAGCCCGAAGCAUAGUAAUACUGGCUAUAAUAUACUGGAAGAGUGCCCGGCAUGUAAGGCACAAGAGGAACCUGAAAAGGUGACUGAUUUGUGUCUAGUCGUCCAUGGCAUUGGUCAAAAACUUUCGGAGCGCAUGGAGAGCUUUAAUUUCACAUAUGCUGUGAACAGCUUCCGAUGUGAGAUGAAACGGGAAUUAACAGAUGACGAUGUGAAGAAGGUGCUCCGAGAAGACUUUUGUGGCCUUACAGUGCUUCCUGUCAACUGGCGUGCAAAUCUUUCAUUUGAAGAUGGUGGACCAAGAAAGCCUGGAGACAAAGAACGUCCAGGCUGUGAUUUCUCUCUUGACGACAUAACCCAGCCAACAAUUCCGAGAGUACGCCAACUUAUCUCUGAUGUGAUGUUAGAUAUUCCAUACUAUAUGUCUGGACACAAGCACAAGAUGAUUGCAGCAUUGAUUGCCGAGGCCAACCGAAUAUAUCGCCUUUGGUGUAAGAACAAUCCAGGCUUCCACAAGAAUGGUCGGGUUCAUCUUAUUUCACACUCUCUCGGUAGUGUCAUGGCGAUCGAAGUGCUAAGUAAACAGCCCACCACCUUAGCAGCCGAGCUUUCAUGGAGACCCAACACCAAGUAUUUUGACUUUCAAACAACAAAUUGCUUUCUCGCGGGUAGUCCAUGCGCAUUUUUCCUUCUACUCGAUAGCAAGUCUUUAGUCCCUAGGAAGGGUAUCUCUAAGCCUGGCUGUGAAUGCGAAAAUGGCAGCAGUAAAGACAUUUUUGGUGAUGCGGGUACAUUUGGAUGCUUGGCAGUAGACAACCUUUACAACAUCAUGCAUUGCAACGAUCCUAUCGCAUAUCGCUUGAACGCGUGUGUAGACUCACGAUAUGGGGCAAAUCUCAAAGAAGCGGAAGUACCGGACUCUUCUCGCAGUUUCAUGACAGCAGUGACUCAUGCUAUGAAAUCAGCUGCUGGCAUGUCUCAAGAUGAAGCGCUGCAUGUUGGAGAAAUGCCUAGACCUACUUUAAUCACCAAAAUGCCAUCUCAAAUGGAAAUGGAAGUCCAUGAUUUCACGGCCGAGGAAAUGGCCGAGAAGAAAUUCUGUCAGUUGAAUGAAAAUGGUCAGGUAGAUUGGAUUUUGGGAAAUCGACCAGGAAUGUUAGCCAACCAGUAUAUUGAUAUGUUGUCGGCUCAUAGUAGCUAUUGGAACUCUAGGGAUUUUAUCCGCUUCUUGUGUGUGGAAAUUGGAAGGAGACCGGGAAAGAUGCAUACCUUGCCAAACAUGAGAGCGAGAAAGAAGAGCCAGAAAUAAACGGGGUCACAAAGAACGUCAGGGGGUUUGUAAAUUUGCUUUUAGAAGACAGGGUCACUGAGGAGUACAAUAUGUUUUCGAGAUGUGUUUAUGGAGUAACA